AUGAGGGAACAGGUCCUCGUCUUCCAGUACAAGGGCCGCUUCCACGCCGUCGACCACGCCUGUCCGCACCGGGCCUACAGCCUGUCGUGGGGCCGGCCGUUUGACAUUGAGGACGCGGGGAGGGUGCUGGGGCGGGGGAUCCGGUGUCGGGGCCACAGCUAUGCGUUUGAGCUGUCGACGGGGGCGGGGGACCGGGGGGAUUAUCGCCUGGGGGUCUGGGAGGUCCAGUUGCGGCGGCCUUGUAGGACCAGGGCUGCUGCUGGUGACGAAGAUGAGACGGGGGAGGAGAAAGAGGUUUGGAUUAAGAGGAGGGGGAUGUGA